UCCUCACCUGCGUCUUUGCCACUCUCCACUGCUCCGACCUUUAUACAACACAGCUCACCUUUUACCGCCUACUACAACACUUGUCACGAUGAGGUCUAAGUUCAAGGAUGAGCACCCCUUCGAGAAGCGUAAGGCUGAGGCGGAACGUAUUAGACAGAAGUAUCCUGAUCGUAUUCCGGUGAUCUGCGAGAAGGCAGACAAGACGGAUAUCCCAACCAUCGACAAGAAGAAAUAUCUCGUCCCAUCGGAUCUCACCGUUGGCCAAUUCGUAUACGUGAUCCGGAAGCGAAUCAAGCUCGCACCAGAGAAGGCUAUCUUUAUAUUCGUGGACGAGGUUCUGCCACCAACAGCGCAGCUUAUGAGUGCGAUCUACGAGGAGCACAAGGAUGAAGAUGGCUUCCUCUAUGUGAGCUAUUCCGGAGAGAACACCUUUGGGAGUCGAUGAAGGGCUACGGACAUUUCAUCACGACAUCGUUCUUCCUCGGUUGUGCUGUAUUCCAUCUACAAGGGUGCCCAUAUCCAUAAUCAGGUUUUCGGUAGUUUCGGAGACGGGUUUCGCUAUUCUUCACCUCUUACUCGGCACCCUUGUGACCUUCAUACCCUCGCCUCCUUCAUCCUUUUUCCCUCUCUCUAUCUUCAAUCUGUAUUCUAUAUGUUACUGGUUCUGGCGUCUCUUUAGUACAACUCGCAAAGAGCGAUUUCAAUGGAAACGUUCAUAUCGUCACUGAAUCUCCCU